AUGGAGAGCAUAGAAGAUUUCGAAGUCAAUGUGGACCAGAUUGAAGAUGUUGAGGCUGAUGACAGCGGGAUUUGUGAUUUGGACUUAUCUGCGGACUCUUCUAUUAAUUCCAGUUUUCAGACACCGCCGUCAAAAUCUCGGGUCCCUGAAGAUAUUCGUCUUAGAGUAAACAGUCGGGAACGAGAGAGAAUGCACAACUUGAACGCGGCACUGGACAGUUUGAGACAAGUGCUACCUUAUUCUAAUGGUCCAACGGUGAAGAAAUUAUCAAAACUGUCAACACUUCUUUUGGCAAGAAAUUAUGUCAUGGCUCUUACCAAAUCACUAGAGGAACUGAAGAAAAUGGUGAACGAUCUGUCAAGUAAAGGACAACAGAAUGCGACAUUAAACGAUAUUUCAAGACUAUCGAGAAUGGAGAUGGAGGAUCAGCAUAGAAUUCGAAAACCCUACUCCCGGACUGAAAUGUUUCCAAAGUUAAGAUAUUCGCCUUAUCAGACAAAAUCCCCCCGCCGACAAAUAUACGACAUACUUCCAGCAUCGCAUUCGAAUAUCAACCACUCAGGAAUCCCAGAAUACCCUGUGCCUCUUGCAGAAAUUCCCGAUGUUCAAAAUUUGCAGAAAACGGCGGAGAAACCAAAACUUAGUUUUUCCGUGGAGUCGCUCUUGGAGAAACCGACAAAGAAAGAGGACAACCGCCCGAUUCCACAUCAAGACGCACGAGACCAUCCCUCGGGACUUUGGAGUGCGGGGGUGUUUGGGGCGCUUCCUCACGUUCAACCCAGCCCUCACCAUCAUCGUCAUCACGUGCACCCGUUGUCGAAUCCCUAUCAACAAAGUGGAUUAACAUUUAUGUGAAAAAGAAAAG